ACUGAUGUCAACUACCUUUUUUCGAUCGUAUUAAUAUGCCUUAUCUUAUCCUGUCUUACUUUUUGGUAAACUUAUUUCACAUUAUCCACUGCGAGCCAACGAUUUUUUCAUGUCCAACCGAUCGUUCUGCCGGAGCCCUGAUCCGCAAGAAAGACAUGGCACUCAAAGGACACGUUAGAAAAACCCUGGAGAAAACCACAUUUAUCCAGUGUAGUCUUCGCUGUCUAAAGGAAGAUUGGUGUGCCUCGGUCAAUUUUGAAAUCCGAAAGGGAAURGGAAAAUGUGAGUUGAAUGACUAUGGAGUUGAAGACGAGACAAAAGUAUCGAUAGAGAAAGGAGAAUUCGAGAAGAAAGAAGGGUUUGUCUACACUCAACUCAGACCAGCUGGGAUAUCUGGCUGCUAUCAAAACCGAUGUCAAAAUGGAGGAACCUGUAAACUAAACUGCGCAGGUCUGACACCUGAGUGUCAUUGUGCAUAUGGUUUUGAAGGCGACCGCUGUGAAGUGGAUAUCAACGAGUGUUCUAGUAAUCCAUGUCAAAACGGUGGAACAUGUACAGAUCAAGUCAAUGGCUACUCCUGUACAUGUGCUGCAGGAUACAAUGGAGCAAAUUGCCAAAAUAAUAUCAACGAGUGUUCUAGUAAUCCAUGUCAAAACGGUGGAACAUGCACAGAUCAGGUCAAUGGCUACUCUUGUACAUGUGCUGCAGGUUACAGAGGAACAAAUUGUGAAUUUCAAGACAGUGCUACCUGUGACCUUUACUUUCCGAGUGCAAACAUCAAUAACCUUGUUCAUGCCAACUGGUCGACUUUAUCUGAUCUCUCGAAUUUAACUCUAUCAUUCUGGAUCAAGGUUCCCCCAAGUUACGAUGAUGAAGUAUAUCCUUUCUCGUAUGCCACCGUUUCCGAGACCGACGCUUUAAACAUCAAAAUAAAAACAAGUGGAGAUGCAGAURUCAAAAUCAUGAAUGAUCAAAAGACGCUUGAUUUCCGAGUUGUUCGGGAUAACAAAUGGCAACAUUGCUGCCUUACUUGGAAUCGAGUAGAUUCACCAUAUCCGGGAAAGGUUUUGUACUAUCGCAAUGGUUUGCUGUUAGACGAGGACAAAGACUUGAGCAAGGACGACAAGCUACUGAGUGGAGGAAAACUCAUCAUUGGACAGUUACAAGGAAGUUACGGCGGAAACUUUGAUGAUGAAAAAUUGAUGGUUGGCAACUUGGCUGGACUUAAUAUCUGGGACAGAGUGUUUAGUGAACAGGACGUAAGCAAUCUCUACAACACGAGCUGCGUUGGAAUAGCGGGAGGAAAUGUUGUGUCUUGGUCUGAUAUCAUUGAAGGUCAAUUAGAAGGAAGUACUACAAGAUCCUGCCCUACGACCUGCCCGUCUGGGUGAUGCAUUGGGUGCACUUACAAGUAUAAAACAGCAUAAAUACAAAGUAUGGAACAAUGUUUUUAAAAUUUGUCUGCAACUUUGUUUCUGAUUCAUUAAAAUCCGUUAAAUCAUAA